AUGGAGAUGUUGGGGGAGGUGAACAUUAACCCACUCCCGCCAUUCGGCAACGAGAACUACUGCACGGAAGAAGGGGAAGAAGGGGAAGAAGGGGAAGAAGGGGACGAGGGGGAUGAGGAAGAGGACGACGGUGUGGUGGAGGUCACGGCCGAUGGAAGUCGGAAGAAGAGGCAGGCCAACAACUACACGGAGAUUGAAGACGCCACCUUGUGCUGGGCUUGGGCCUCCGUGGGGAUGGAUGAUGUCUCCGGCACGGAUCAAACAGGCAAGCGCUACUGGCAGCGCAUCAAGGACAAGUUCCACAAACUCAUGCCGCGCGUUCGCCAUCCUGUCGAUCGCACCUACCGAUCCCUCCAAGGUCGUUGGGACGCGAUCAAACCGGCGUGUAGCCGGUGGGCAGCAGCAAUGGACCAAGUGGUGUCCAAUCCUCCUAGCGGCACAACUGUCGACGAAUAUGAUCGCAUUGCCGAUGCAAGGUACAGAGACAUGGCCGACAGCAAGGGCAAGAGCUUCACCAUGCGUCAUUGUUUUGAUGUGCUCCAACACCUUCCCAAGUGGAAGUUGAGGGAUGAAGAGGUCGCUCCGAAGAAGGCUGCGAUGGUUGCGCUCGAUGACACCGAGGACGAGAAGGAUGGCAGGAACGCCGACAAGCCGGAGGGGAACAAGAAAGCGAAGGAAAGGAUGAGGCUCGAGGGGGAGGCUGCAUUGUUGAGGGACAAGUUUGAUCAAAUGAUGAAGUCGAAGGAGGUGAUAGCGACCAAGACUUUGGAGACCAAGCGUGUCAUCAUCGAGACGAACAAGUAG